UCCUAACACUUUACAAGUACCAGAAAAUCUCCAUUCGCGCAAGGUAACCCCACCGUAAGAAACUGAAAUCAGUUCCAAUAACCCCACAAAAUCAUCAAUUCAAGAAACAGAAAAUGUGGAAACGCGCAACCUCUUCUUUGAAAUCAUUACUUUCCUUUCACAUCACACAGGAAGGUUCUAAACUCAACAACGCUUUUCAUUGCCAUAGAUUUAUCUCAGGAUCGCCUUUACACUUUCAGGAAAAGGACGUGGUUUCUCCCAAACAUAUGGAUUCGGUUAUAACUUUUGUUUUAGGGGGGCCUGGUAGUGGAAAAGGUACACAAUGUGCAAGAAUUGUUGAAACAUUUGGAUUUAAGCAUCUGAGUGCUGGAGAUCUUUUGAGGAAGGAAAUGGUUUCUGACAGUGAAUAUGGCGCGAUGAUUCUGGAAACAAUAAGAGAAGGAAGAAUCGUUCCAUCAGCGGUGACUGUCAGAUUGAUUCUAAGAGAGAUGCAAUAUGGUGACAAUCGUAAGUUUCUUAUUGAUGGUUUCCCUAGAAGUGAGGAGAACCGCAUAGCUUUUGAACAUAUUACUGGAACAGAACCAGAUUUUGUUCUUUUCUUUGAUUGCCCUGAAGAAGAGAUGGUGAAACGGGUGCUGAGCCGUAAUCAGGGUCGAAUUGAUGACAAUAUAGAUACAAUCAAGAAACGUCUUAAAGUAUUUGAGGCAUUAAAUCUUCCUGUAAUCGAUCAUUAUGCAAGAAGAGGGAGACUUCAUAGGAUCAAUGCUGUGGGAACAGAGGAUGAAAUAUUUGAGCAAGUUCGGCCAGUUUUUGCGGCAUGUGAGCAAACGGCUGCAUGAAAGCUGCGUGAAUAGGCUGUUUGUGAGAGCAUUGUAAAUUUGGGUGAAGUUUGGAUUUUGUGGGAACUCUAUAUUUCCUAGUUAACUUCUAGUUAGCUACAAGAUCCAAAUUCCUGGCUGAUUUGCUCUGGAAAUUACCGUAAAACUCAUCCACCGGAGAAUUUUAAAGUGACUGGUUGUAACGGUUCGAGUUUUAUAAUGCUGUUGAAUCGUAUCCCUCGACAGGAAUAACAGUAGAUGAAUGUAAAUGUUUGAUACACAAGCUAACAUUGUUGAGUUAAUACCAACUAUAUGUUGGUUCUAGUGAAAGGAUUUGGAUUCUUUUGAAUUUGUAAUUUUGAAUUCGAUUUACAUUUGCGUAUAAAAAAAUAUAUAUGGAGGAAUUUUGCCUUUAGUA